CUAGUGUGGCUCCUUAUCUUCCUUGGAGUAACUUUGCAAACUCUCUCAACCCCUUCUUGCCCUCUGAGGUCCCCCCCCUGUGCCUUUCUGUCCUCAUUUCUUCCCCCCUUUACCCCCGUCCCACGGACACUUUUGUUGUUUUGACCCAUCACGAUAAACAAGAUUCACCAUCAUGUAACCCCUCCCCUUUUAUAUUAUGCUUUCUGCACCGAUUCUCCCCCGUAGCAUCAUCCCUCAUACACAGGCGUAUCUGCUUUCUUUUUCUUUUUCGGUCUCAUUCAUGUUCAUGUCCCCUGGAUGGUUUUCCCCGGUUGUGGUUUGUUUUGUUGGCUUGGGAGCUGUGCUGUCUGUUUGUCUCCGGACUGGACUGGAUCUGAAUUCAGGCGGGCUUGUCCUGACAACAAAUGGUUCUAGUAUAUGCGAUAGCCUAGUCCACAGUCCUAUCGGUUCGUGUUGGUCCGGUUCGGUGACGGUAGACAGUUUAGUAUCCUAGCCUGAAAAUAACAAUUUCCUUUUCCAUCAAUGGCUUCUCUC